AUGUCGGAAACGUACGCUUCGAUAAAGACCCUUCAUUCGAGUCUCCCCUCAUUCCAACCAUCUAUAUCCACAUCACUACUUCCAAGUAUAGCCCUGAUAUCCCUCUUGGCUUUCUUCGCUUUGACUUUCCUGUUCACAACGUUACCGAAAUCCAAAGUACCCAUUCCUGAAAUAACGACUGCGCUGCUGGCAUCUGCUCUUGCUGGCGGUGGAGUAGUAGCGUUAUUUUGCACGUUGGGCGUAUAUGUGUGA